ACUGUUGUCUGUUUAGUCCAACUAGUCUUAUUAACAGUCUCACUGAGUCACUGUUGACUGUUGAGCCAGUGCCUUCUCUAAUCUCUAUAUUCCCAAAAGAAAUGAAUUUUCAUACUCUCUCGGUUUCUUCUUCUUUGGUACCCUGCACUCCAAAAACUUAUCUCUGCUCCAACAUCAAUAAUGAGUCCAGCCGGGUCAACUCGCCCGCGCCAUCCCAACUCACCACAAAAAGGCGGUGCCUCUUCUGUGGAAGAAGGCACUUCGUUGAAGCUGCAACAUUGGCAACUACACUCUUCCCUAUUAAACCCUCCAGAGCCACCAAUAAUUCAGAUUCUGAUUACGAUUACGCGGAUGUGCUUAACCAGUUUCAUCCACCAAAGCCAGAUUGGUAUGAAGAGUUCUAUGCUUGGGUUAUGAAUUCAGCUACUAAGUCUUAUGAAGCUGAGGUUGCAAAGUACAAGUCACAAGUCUUAAGUAACUUGAAGGGGAAGAAGGCUCUUAAAAUCUUGGAGGUUGGGAUUGGAACAGGUCCUAACCUCAGUUAUUAUGCUAACGAUUCCGAUGUUCAUGUUGUUGGCAUUGAUCCUAACCCGAAGAUGGAGAAAUAUGCUCGGUCUGCAGCUAGAUUGGCUGGCUUACUGCUCUCAAACUUCGAGUUUUUUCAAGCUGUUGGGGAGGCUAUACCACUAAGUGAUGCUUCAGUGGAUGCAGUCGUUGGAACGCUUGUAUUGUGUUCUGUUAAAGAUGUUGAUUUGGCAUUAAAAGAAGUUAAGAGGGUGUUGCGACCCGGUGGAAAGUAUGUGUUUGUCGAACAUGUGGCUGCAAAAGAUGGCACAACUCUCAAAUUUUUCCAACGACUUACUGAUCCUCUGCAGCAGAUACUUGCAGAUGGGUGCCACCUUUCAAGAGAUACAGGAAACAGCAUAUCCAAAGCUGGAUUUUCAAGUGUUGAGUUCAAGACAGCAUUUGUGUCUAACGCUUCAUUUAUAAACCCCCAUAUAUAUGGAAUAGCAUACAAGUAGCACCGAAAGGCACGAGCUGCCCCGGCUACAUUGCUUCGAUCAAGGACUAAAUCUUCCUCUUCCUCAACAUCUAUACCAAGCACAAAUUUCUGAAGUUAUACCGUAAAGUAUGUUUCGUAUCAUGUUCUUUUGGUUUCAAAAUAGUGCGGUGGAGGAGACACUGCUAUUUUGCAUCAUUUACAGCAUAAUAUAGGUUUCAACACUUAUUGUUUUCAUUUCA